AUGGAUAUACUACAAGUACCACAUUUAAUAUUAAAGUAUAUCAUUUCACAUUUGGAUACAGUAGAUAAAAUAUGUUUUGUAAUAUCCUCUAAAAGAUGGUAUGAGGAAAGAUCUAGUUAUCUUACCCUACCAAUAGACGAUAUGAUGCGUAAUCCAUCAGACUUCAAUCGUUGCUAUAUAUUUAUGAAAUCUUUUCUUGAACAAAUGCAUAUUACAGAGAGAAAGAAAAUAAUAGAUCCAUAUUAUGACAUAGAUCAAUUAUCACAAUUAAUAAAGGGAAUAUCAAAUACUGUAACACAUUUAAGAUUCGGCCCUAAUUUCAACGAUAUAAUACCACCUAAUUUGAUACCGAAUCACAUAACACAUCUCCAUUUUGGCUACGAUUUCAAUCAAGAGCUGAAAUUGAAUCUAAUUCCAAGUUCCUGUGUGUUUUUGCAGUUUGGCCACGAGUUUAACAGUAAGAUUCAAAUUGGUGCCAUUCCAGAGUCGGUAACCAAACUCAUAUUCGGCUAUGACUUUAAUCAAAAGCUGCAACCAGGAAUGAUACCGAUCGGUGUUAAAUAUCUAAAGUUUGGUGAUCACUUUGUUCAGGGUUUGGAGCUUGGUACUCUUCCACAAACCAUCACACACUUGGAAUUUGGUUAUUUUUACAAUGGUUUCAUCAAGAAGAAUAUAUUACCUUCAGGUUUAACUCAUUUAACAUUCGGUGGAUAUUAUAAUCAAUCAUUACCAAAAGGUAGGGAAAAUUUGCGAGAUUUGAUACCAAGUUCCACUCAUACUUUGGAGCUGGGUGCCUAUUUCAAUUCAUUUACCACGAAAUCACUGCUUUCCACCAUAAAAUAUUUAAGAUUCACAGAGGACAACGAGAUGGGAUACACUAAGGUGGUACCUAAAGGUUUCUUGUUGUCAUCGAUCGACACACUUUGUGUACCAACUCAGUUUUUCCAACACAACAGCCUAGAGACAAUAUCAUCACACAUUAAAAAUAUUAUUAUUGAGAAGGAUGGCGAGGCACUGCACAUCCGUUUGCUAUCAAAAGAUUACGCAUUGGCACUGACGAAAAAUGUAAUUGGUGGAUUCAUUUCCACCAAGCAAUUGAAUCAAUUGGUUAAUGCAGAUAUCAUGACAAUCGUUAAAAAGAUAAAUGCUAAACUAUUCAAGUAG